AUGGUGACGGCACAAUACACGGGAAUAACGUCUGUGGACACAUUGUUUGAUAUUCUUGAAUCAAAGACGCCCACUAAGUCAGAUCUUCGCGAGGCAAGUUUAAAGAACGAUUCUGCGUCUGCAAAACUAUUUAUUCGACAAGUUGACGCCUUUAUACGCUUCGUUCUAGGAGUGGACCCGAAGACAAAUAAGCCAUCACUGAGUGGCGGAUUGCUUGGUGAUGUUCAGGCUUACUUUGGUAUGGUAGAGACCCAAGGACGGGGUACUCUGCACAUCCACUUUCUCGUGUGGUUGACGCGCUGUCCUCCAAAUUCAGCGGCAAUCGAUAGCAUAUUAAAAAGCGAGGAUGGCGAUAGGUUUUGCGCAUCGGUUGCGUCGUAUGCAGAUAGUAUUGUGCGGAAUGAGCUACCGAUUCGUCUGGACGGCAAGAGCUAG